CCUGGACCGGAAGCGGCGGCAGGGCGGCCGGGUUUGAAUCGCGCGGCGCCGCGCGGCCUCGCGCUGCCGGUCCCGCCAUGCCGAUCCGCGCGCACUGCACCAUUUGCUCCGACUUCUUCGACAACGCGCGCGACGUGGCCGCCGUGCCGUGCGGGCACACGUUCCAUCGGGCAUGCCUGUUCCAGUGGUUCGACACGGCGCCCAGCCGCACCUGCCCGCAGUGCAGGAUCCAGGUCAGCAAAAGACACAUAAUCAAUAAGCUGUUCUUUGAUGUUGCCCUGGAGGAGCAGACAGCACUGGAUGCAGAGACCUUGCAGAACGAACUGGACAAGGUGAAGGCUCAGCUCUCCAUGAAAGAGAAAGAAAAGCGGGAAUGCCAGGCCAUCGUGGAUGGGCUGCGGGACACCUUGGAUGUGCGCAACGCCACCAUCGAGUCGCUGCAGAAGGUGCUGGGAGAAACAGAGAUGCUGUGUUCCUCUCUCAAGAAACAGAUGAAAUUCCUGGAGCAGCAGCAGGAGGAUAACAGAAGUUCAAGGGAAGAGGCCCGCCGCCUGCGGAACAAGCUGAAAGCCAUGGAGCGGAUUGAAUUGUUGCUUCAGAGCCAGCGCCCCGAAGUGGAGGAGAUGAUCAGAGAGAUGGGAGUUGGGCAGGCAGCAGUGGAGCAGCUUGCAGUCUAUUGCGUCUCACUGAAGAAGGAAUAUGAGAACUUGAAGGAGGCUCAGAAGAUCUCUAGUGAGAUGACAGAGAAGCAGAAGAAGGAGCUAUUCUCUGUCAACAGUAAGCUGCAGAAAACAGUUUCAGAGUUGGAGAAGACAAAGGAGGAGUUAAAGAGCACCCAGAAGGAUUUGAAGAAUGCAGACAAGGAGAUCUUGAGUCUGAAGAAGAAGAUAGACAUACUGCAGGACACUCUGAAAGUGCCAUCUGUAACUAGAGAGACGCUCAGCCGGCUGGUCUUUGAGAGCCCAACUCCUGUUGAACUGCAGCACCCGAGGCUCCGCCGUCCAGCUCACAGUGAUGAGAUCAACCUAGAUGAUGCUUUUGAUGUGGACACCCCUGAAAAUCAGCCCUGCAGAUCUCCAUUCAGUGCUGCAAAAAAGCAGAAGCUGGAUAAAAAGCAGCCUCCCGUGGUAAAUCUGGCAAAGAAAGCUCUAAAGGAAACAGUGGAGAACUGGGGAGAUGAUCUGGAGGACGAGACUCUGAAAGGAUUCCUGCCAGCAUUCAUCAGAAACUCAGUUUUCUCCAAGAAGCCCGUGUCAGGUAGCUUGCUGCGGCCCCACACGAACAUGGGCAAGGUGAGGAUGGGAUACGAUGGCUUGGGAGGCAGAACCAAGUUCAUACAGCCUACAAGCCCUACAGAGUUCCAUCCCAUAAGAGUGAAGAGCAAGAGGAAUGUCUCCAGGCCAGCAGCAGCUGCUGCCCCUGAACGUGCCUGCAGCAGCCGGGCCAGCCUGGAUGCUUUCCUGCAGUGAAGGGUUCGUGCCCCUGGGAGCAGCGGGGCUGAGUGUGCUUGCACAGAGCCUGGCCCUGCAGCGAGCCAGCCAGGAGCCCAACCGCCUGCCCAGUGCAUGGACAGCUUCGUGCCUCCUUUCAGCCCCCCUCUCUCAUUUCCAUGCGGAAAUUUAAAUGGGGAUUUCUCUUCUGCCAGCCUGCUCGCAGCUCUGUAGUUGCUGCUGCUGUUGGUCGCUGGAGGUGGAGCUGCACUGCUGGGCCGCAGCCGUGAGCUGCA